ACUUAAACCAGUAGAAGAUUUUUUGGAGAAAAAAAAAAUCCUGGAAAAACCCUCUACUGCUAGCAAGCUUCUUGUUUUAGCAGAUCAAAGAGAAAGGAGAAAAUGGCGAUUGAGAGCUACGUGGUUGUCCACAACAUAGCGAAGAGGCACAACGUUUGGAACGCUAGCGAUAACCGCCACCGUCUUUGGAGUCAGCGAAGUAAUCUUAGUCGGCUGCCGUGACUUCAACGCCAUAGGUAGCCACGGCUCCACGUCUCAUCACCGUUUGCCGCCGGUUCCAUUCCUUCACCGACGCACGCCUUUUCCUUGAAGGAGCGGGGUUUUCUGCUAAGGAAUAUUUGUUUUUUUGCUGAUGUGCAACUUGUGGUCCUUACUCAAAUUGAGCAGCCAAAUGGAGUCCAACUGGAUGUUGUUUAAGCUGAUGAACAUGUUUCACUUGACUUUGAGGUGGAUACUAGAAUUCUGUUAUUUCUCUUAAGUUGUGUUGUCAAUUUUCUUAUCCUGCAGUUUGGGCUGGUUUUUCUGAGAUUAUUCACAAUGGAAACAAGUUUAUUGUCGCCGAGAGACCUUUAAAACAGGUGAGCCGACAAUACUGCAAGGAAACAGAUGUUUGUAUCAUUAAGGAGUGAAAAUCAAGAAGGGAAAGUGCUUCUGAUGGAUUCCUUGACAAUGGAAAAAAUGGUGCAUCUUCUGCUAACCUUUUGGUUUCAUUGUUUCCUGAUGAGUAAUUGAAGGAAUUAAAGAUAGAAUUUAUCUACAAAGUUUGCCACUGAACGUUGAAAGUAAUUUGGUUCAAUGGUCCACCUUAUUGAAAAAUGUUCUAAUAAGUGGCAAACAGCUUCUACCUAACCAUGUAUUGCAGGAAAUUGCCGACUCUGAGAAUCCAUUGAGGAAAACUUUCCUUUCAGAACCAGUGCGCCUCAAAUUACAGAGGAUAAUAAUUGAAUUCUGUAUUAGUUUGCUUUGAUUAGCAUCUUUUGUAAUUGUAAUGCUCAUAUCAAUGAUCAAAUUAUUGUUUUGUAUCUUAUAAUAAUUGUCUUCCAGCAGUCAUUUAACGUCCAAUGUAUCAUCUAGUACUCUCUCUCUCUCUGUGUUGUAGCAUAGCAUUUGAUAAACAAAUACUUGAUUUGGAUGGAUGGCCUUUGAAAGGAGAUGUCCACCAUAUCAAAAUUUUAGUCUCAAAAACGACAUAACGACAGCCAAAACUUCCGUAGGAUGUAGGAUAAAAGUUGGUUUUCGGACCGCAAGCCAAAGAUUAAAACUCAUGGCAAUGUUCAUUUUCAGUGGACAGCUAACAAAUUAAACCAGACGCGACCAUGUGUAACACGUAACUUCUGGACAAACUUGUACGCGUCUUUCUUUUGAGAUUGACAUUAUUGUAAUAGGUCAAGUUAAGUUAAGAGGAAUCGAGAGGCUAAUAAUCCCCUCUACGUUUGUUAAAUCUUAGAUCCAGAAACUUAAAAAGUCUUGGUAAGCCUUUGUUUUUCUGUCAAAUCCUUGUGAAAAUACUUAGAAUUUACAGCUGCAGCUCGGUUCAAAGACGUUGGGAUCACUUUUCCAGUUUCCUGUAAAGAGUGGGUCCAAUAUAAAACGAAGAAAUAAGCUUGGGUUCAUUGGUAGCAGUUAGUGUAGUUUUGUCGUGUUGUUAAAGGAGCUCAACAAUCUGAGCGCCAUUUUCAACUCCCGCCACACUACUUGGAGCAGUUGGGAUCAUUUGUCUUUUUACCUACUUUUUAAGUCUUUUCGGCCAAUUUUCUCCUGUAGCCUUGUCUUGCCCGAUAAAUCUGUCAUAGUAUGAAAAUAGAGAAAGGAAUUAUAGAUUUUCAGAUUCGGAUCACAUCAUCCUAUCUAACAGGAAGGUAGCUCUGGAGGAAACUACUUCUGUUUCCAGUGAAUUUAGUGGCAGGUGCUAAAACUUCCACCGAUGCAGACCAGAAAGAUUCAGGAGUUCUUUUGCAGUAAUCAAGCAUCCUACAUGUUGGGUAUCCUGAGAAGAAAACUUAGGCAGCUUUGCUCGAGAAUAAGGCGGCUGAUAAGAAAGCGACCGAGGCCGAAGGUUAUCAUCAGGAGGUUGGGGAGGUUGAACUCAAAAGGUCAGAGGAAAGGAGAUCAUGGCACCAAGAAUUCCAACAUUCAUUUGUAUGGCAACUUUGGUUUUUCUAUUCCUAAAAGGCCAAUAAGAAUUGCCACAUUUAAUGUUGCCAUGUUCUCCCUUGCACCUGCCAUUUCAGAAGCUGAGGAAACUGGCUUAUUGAAUUAUGGAGAGGAGGAUUAUAUGGGAUUGAAAAGCCCAUUCGAGUUCAACCUUCACACCAAGUCUCCGAAUUGUUAUCCCAAGAGUAUACUAAAGCAAUCUCCCUUGCAUAACUCCCACAGUAGUCCUGAAAAUCUCUCCAAGCAAAAGAAGCUCUCGAGAUCAAAACUGAAGGUUUCAAUCAACCUUCCUGACAAUGAGAUUUCAUUGGCACAGGGCUCAUCAGACAUGACCACCAGCAGAAUCAAUAGAGACAAUGUUAUUAUGAGGUCUCCUGUUUGUUUGCCUUCCAGUAUGAUCAACUUCUGGAAUGAAGGAAGCUUGAAAAGUGGUCGAAGCAUUGCAGAAGUGCUCAGAGAGGUGGAUGCUGAUAUCUUAGCUCUGCAAGAUGUGAAGGCACAGGAAGAAAAAGGCAUGAAGCCUUUAUCCGAUUUAGCUUCAGCUCUGGGGAUGAAGUAUGUUUUUGCUGAAAGUUGGGCUCCAGAGUAUGGAAAUGCUAUCCUGUCAAAAUGGCCAAUCAAGAGAUGGACGGUACAAAAGAUAGCGGAUGAUGAUGAUUUCAGGAAUGUGCUCAAGGCAACCAUUGAUGUACCUUGGGCAGGAGAAGUGAACUUCUAUUGCACCCAACUUGACCAUUUAGAUGAGAAUUGGAGAACGAAGCAGAUAAAAGCAAUAACUGAAUCAAACAACUCUCCCCACCUAUUGUUGGGAGGUUUGAACUCUUUGAAUGGAUCAGAUUACUCAUCAGAAAGAUGGACAGACAUAGUCAAGUACUAUGAGGACAUAGGCAAGCCUAGACCAAGAACUGAAGUAAUGAAGUUGCUGAGGGGAAAAGAGUACACAGAUGCUAAAGACUACGCUGGUGAAUGUGAACCAGUUGUAAUCAUAGCCAAGGGCCAAAAUGUUCAAGGGACAUGCAAGUAUGGAACACGAGUCGAUUACAUUUUAGCAUCAUCAACUUCACCAUACAACUUUGUUCGAGGAUCAUACUCAGUUAUUUCAUCCAAAGGCACAUCAGAUCACCAUAUUGUUAAGGCUGAUAUUGUGAAAGGAAGUGAGAAAUCUCAGCAAAAUGUCAUCAAAAGGCACCAGAAACCUACCCCAAAGGUUAUACGCGUAACAAACUCUAGCUGUUCUGGAGGCAUUUGGAAAAUAAAUGCCUGAAAUUGUUUCCCUGUCUCAUUAAUUUUCUCAUUGUCAUUAUGAUAGCUUUGCUAUUAAUGUUGGGUAUUGAACAAAUAAUUAAAUUGCAUGUAUAUCAGUAUCUGUU